AUGCAUAAACAGCUUAAUGCCACCUCCUCCUCUGGCAAGGCAGCUCUGUUAGAGUUACUGGGUGCCCCUGCAUUGUGCCAAGAUCCCUGCAGCACUGACCAGGCUGGUGGGUUUUGGCUGUGUGUUGGCAUGCAGAGGGCACUCACCCAGCAAUGGGGAUGGGAGACUGAAUGCUUAGAUACACAACUACUGAACUUCUGGGAAUCUCUUUUUCACAAACGAGCACUUCUUUUUCAGGUUAGAAAACUAAAGCUGCAGUUGGAAGAAGAACGACAGAAAUAUUCUCGAAGCGAUGGCAUGAAUCCAGAUAUCGUAGGCUUAGAGAAUGGUUCUGACUUGCAGCUGAUUGAAAUGCAGAGGGACGCCAACAGACAAAUUAGUGAAUACAAAUUCAAGCUUUCAAAAGCUGAACAAGAUAUAACUACCUUGGAACAAAAUAUUGGGCGACUUGAGGGGCAGGUUGCAAGGUAUAAAAAUGCAGCAGAAAAUGCAGAAAAAGUAGAAGAUGAACUCAAAGCUGAAAAGAGGAAGCUUCAACGAGAGUUAAGAAUAGCACUGGAUAAGAUAGAAGAGAUGGAGAUGACCAAUAGCCACUUAAUGAAAAGGCUGGAGAAGAUGAAGGCAAAUAGGACUGCGCUUUUAUCUCAACAGUGAAGUGGAAAUGGAAAAUACGAUGCACUGCUCCUUGAAUAACUAGCCCCUAGCUUGGUUUUAAAUACAGACUUUCAUUGGCACAAACUAUUCGAACACUGAGCUGUUCAUUGGUGUUUUAGUUUCAUCAUUAAAUGGCAUACUACUUCUUGUAACUUAUGAGAGAAUGAAACGUAGUUUGAAUUCCCAUGUGAAUGACAGCGGUUUUCCUGUAGCGUUUAAUUGUAGAGUCAGAGCUGGAGCGCAAUGCUGCACGUUUGACGUAGCGAUAGAAAAUGUUUUUACAACUGUGGAAUCAAGUUUACUCACGAUCUCUUUUGGCUGCUUUAAUGAUGCUUGAUGCUCGGAGACAACUGCAUGAAUUCAAGAAGACACUGUAUUACUGUAUUAUAAACUAACAUAUAUUUGCUCAAGACAUCACACAGCACAAGUGCCUUUUAUCUGGUGCAAUUUAGACUUCAUUGUUGAAAUAACCUUUGAAAUCAGAUAACAUUUUAUUUUAAGAUACGUUUGGGGUAUUCACUAAACUUUAUACAUUUUGAAAAUACAGUUUUGUAAAAUAUUUAAAUUUGUAAGAAAAAUAGGGACUGUGUAUAAAAAAAUCUGCUUUUUUGCAUGGGCACAUCUGAGCUCUAGGUAAUUUUGUAAAAUAUUAGCCUCUGAUACUCUUAGCAUUAAGAGUGCAGAUUUAAAAACUUCUG